AUUCUCGCGCCAGAGUUCAGAGUCGUCCUUGUUGGGAAAACCGGCGCUGGGAAAAGUGCAACGGGGAACACCAUCUUGAAGGGAAAUUAUUUCCUCUCCGAGAUGAGUCUCCAGACCAUAACCCGAAGCUGUCAAAGGGGGGAGAGGCAGCUGAAGUACCAAAAGAUUGUGGUGGUCGACACGCCCGGAGUUUGCAGCACUCAGCUCUCCGAGGGUGAAACCUCUGCCGAGCUUAAGAACUGCCUGCAGUUGUGUCUGCCAGGCCCCCACGCCAUUAUCCAUGUCCUUAAGGUCGGGACUUUCACCACGGAGGAGAAGAAGACCGUUCGGGUGCUGAAAAGUGUUUUCCAGGCUAGCGCCCUCCGCUACUUCAUCAUUUUGUUCACCGGGAAAGAGGACCUGGAAGGGGAAUCGCUCGAAAGCUUCAUCUCUGUCCAGGACAAAGAGCUGAAGACGCACAUCGCGGACUGUGGGAACCGGUGCCUGGCUUUCAGCAACCGGGCCAAAGGGGCAGAACAAGAGGCUCAGGUGGAGGAGUUGAUCCGGAUGGUCCAGGAUCUGGUGCAAAAGAACCAGGAGGCUCCUUACUAUGCUGAAGAAACUCAAAAGGGCUUCCCUUGGAAUCUCCCCCUGUUCUAAGAGAGACGGCGAAGAUCUCCCUCCCCCCCCCCACUUAACCCAGGGGUCUCCAACCUUGGCAACUCUAAAACCUGUGGACUUCAAUUCCCAGAAUUCCCCAGCCAGCAAGGGUUCACCAGAAUGGAUAGGACAAGAGCAAGAACGAAUGCGGAUAAAACUACUUUAUCAGAUUUUUUCAUACUUUAACUUUAUUGGUAGAA